AUGUUCACCUUUCUAUCACUUAGAUGUGCAAAGUUGCAGGGCGGAACACCGGCUCUCUCGGAAGGCCCCACUACUCGUGAAAGGGAUAAAAAGGGUAUGAUACCGAUACCUAGAAUUUCAGCACCCGAAGAUCUAAGCUGUACUGGUCAGAACUCUUUCGAUAUCUUAUACGUGUUGUAUCCAUUAGGUCAUAGGCUCAAGUGUCGACCGAUCACACCAAUAUAUACCAUGCAGUUCCAAAUUGCUCAAAUUGCCUUGGCUUGCGCCAUCGCCUUUGGUGUCAUCGCAGCUGCUCCCAUUAGGAUCGUUAGUCUGGAUGCUAGAGGAGGAACCAACCCGUCCUGCGGCCAACGUCGUGCUGUGGAAGGCGUUGUGAUUGAUUGCAUCUAA